GUCACAGGCCAUAGGUGUCAGGGUGGUCAUGUGACCGCGUAAUGCGCGACCCGGGGAUUCGUCUACCAUGCUGGCUCCGUGUGUGCUGCGAGCAGCGUGGGGCUGUCAUGUCUGCCGGCUGAGCGCCUUGUCAAGGGCCACAGGAUCCCGCCGGCUUGCUUUAAUAACUCCCCGCUCCUCGUUCAAUGAGCGAUUCCGGCCGGUGCCGGGGGCCCGCACCCUGUUUGUGGGGUCUCCAUGCGGCAAGGGCAAGCAUAGCGGCUACUCCGGGGGCUGGGAUGACAGAGACCCCAUUAACUGGCAGACUGAGGAGGAGGAAUGGGAGGACAGUGAGGGGAUCGAGGACCUCAUGAUCCCACACUCCACCUCCCUUAUUCAUGAGACCCAGCAUGUUUUUAUUGUACACCCAGACGUCAAGUGGGGACCAAAAAAGCAGUAUACAACCACUGGUAAUAGCCAUGGUCCUCAUAACAAACAUAGAGCAGGGGUACAUCAUCACACUGUGUGACACAAACCACACUGCUACCCUAAUCUGGAAUUCAGAGGGAAGGGGUCAAGGUGUUACCCUUGAUAAUGUGACUAGUCCUGAUCUGUGCUCUCUGCUGAUAUGUGUGUGUUAGCGAUGCUGGCUUAAUAACUGCUGUUUGCGGAAUAAAAACUGCCCACAUUAAUUGCAUAGUCCUAAAUAGGAAAGUUUGUCUUCUCAUUACAAGCCAAAAAAAAAAGAUUUAGAAGAGUACAUUUUUUAGUGUCUUAAGAAAAUAUUUUUGACUGCAGAAUUUAACAUUAUAACAUUUUAGUUAUGAUAGCAAGGGUAAGAAUUGGGCAUUUAUAGCGAUGGUACCUGACAGACACAAUAUUAAAGUUAAUCUCAGCAUUCUGAAUUUAGAAAAUUAGCAGUAAAUGGAAUUGUAUUUCUACAAGUGCUGGAGAGCUGUCUGUUGUCUAUGCGGUUGUCAUAUCUACCAAAGUAUCCUCCCAUUGCAUUUUAAUCUUGCCAAGUAGGAUUGUAAAAGUGCUGCACAGCAGUAUGCAGAACUAAUGUACUGCAGGAUAGUGUAAUAAAAUACUUUUUGAAAGGUCUAAUGUAAAGUUGUUUGGUUCCUGUGGCUAUUUUGGUCUUAGUUGGUGAAAAGUUCAUACUUCCAGCCAAUGAAUACUGUGCAAAUCUGGUAUGAUAAUGUGGAAGUGUCAGCUCAUGGCUCCCGGUUAAUGAAUACUAUGUAAAUCUGGUAUGAUAAUGUGGAACUGUGUAUUGCUGCAUUAUCAGACCAAACUAGGACUGCAGGCACUUGAUACAGCAAGGUAAUUCUAAACAAAGUUGCUCUGCACAUGGUUCAGUGAGGUAUUGAAACGGACCUGGCAACAUUUUUUUUUUUUUACCUUUUAACAAGUCUUAGAACAGUCAAAUGUGUUUUUUUACUGUAAUAGCAAGAUAAUUGUCAAAUUGCUCACAAAUGAUCUGACAAUUACCUUCAAACGGUACCUGGGGACUCUUGGCAGCAUAACCACUAUAUGCGUUGUAGUGGCUAUGUUGUCUAGAGUGUCCCUUUAAUUGAUUUCCUACCUGUUGCCUUAGAAUUUUCCAAGGCAGCAGUUUUCAGCCCAUCAAUAUUUAUAAAUAUGUGUCCAUGAGAAAUUGGUGGGUGUGACAGCUAGCCACAAUUUGCUAGCCUGGACAAGUUUCGAUUUUUAAUAAAUGUGAAAGUACAGUACUUUUCUGCCUCUUUGUAAAUUGCAGAGGCGCAGUUUGAUCCUGCUGGUCUAAAUUUUGCUUCUGAUUUCGGAUGGUUCAUUUAGUUUGUGCAAUUUUGGUGGAUUAGAUUAAAGGAACACUAUAGUGUCAGGUAUACCAACAUGUAUUCCUGACAUUGUAGUCCUGAUGUGGCAUUUUGGGUGACUGGCCCUGAUCCGAUUACUCACUUUUGCUCCUAUGUCGCACCGGUCUUGCCAGGGCAGGUCUUGCCUCCCUUGCUGAGAUCAUCAAUCUUAAUGAUCGUAGCCAAUCCAAUGGUUUCCAGUAGCAAAGCAUUCAGAAGCUAAUCAGCAUCUCCUCGUAGAAAUGCAUUGAGUCAAUGUAACUCUAUGGGGAAUGUUCAUUGUAUCUGGGCAGCGUUUCUAUUGAGCCUGCAGGGACAGGCUAUAGACACCAGAACCGCUACAUUCACUUGUAGUUGUUCUUGUGACUAUCGUUUCCUUUUAAAUGGUUGAUUACAUCAACUUUUAUAUGUUGCUCCCAAAUGCUUUUCUUUUUAUAAUAUAGCACCCAACUACCCAGUAUUUGUUACAUAGUACUUCAAAACCUGUACAACAUAUGUACUGCACCUGCAUAAAACAUUCCUCUUUAAAAGCUAACUGUCACUUCCCAGGAUUUUUUAUGUUUGUUUAUUCCUAUAUAUAACAAAUAAGUAUGUGUGGUGUGAAAAAAAAAUCAAAUUAAAUGUAGAAAUCCACACAUUUUUAUGCCGUGGCUGGCUUCCUCCAUCUUGGUUCCCUAUUAAUCAUUGUUGUAAGAUCUGUCCUUUACUUGACAUACAGAAAGCCUAGAGAGAGGAUGAUACAUUAAGGUGGAGGUCAUCUAUAAAAGGUGUCUGUUUUGGGAAGUGGUGCUAACAUGGAAGCAGUGGAAUUUCCAUAUAAAUGACCGAUCCCUUUUAAUAUACUUUAGAGGGACACUCCAGUGCCAGGAAAACAAACUCCCCAUCCCAGGAGGAGGAGACCGAUUGCGCAUGCCUGGCUGUUGGCGUGGGGGGGGACCUAAUGUGCAUUGCUGCGCACGCUCAUUAGACCUCCCCAUAGGAAAGCAUUGAAAAAUGCUUUCAUUGCUUUCCUAUGGGGAUUUCAGCGACGCUGGAGGUCCUCACGUAGCGUGAGGACGUCCCGCAACGCUAUAUAAUCUGUGCUAUGAACCAGGAAGUGCCCUCUAGUGGCUGUCUAGUAGACAGGCACUAGAGGAGGAGUUAACCCUGCAAUGUAAUUAUUACAGAACAAGGGGUGGAGUUAGCGCUAAUCAGGAAGGCAGCAGUCCCAAAGAAGGACUCCCUCUAAUGUCCCUGGAAAUCAAAUGGUAAAAGCAAGAAAAUAGGGGGGAUGGGUCUGCGCCAAUGUGUACAAUGAAUAAUAGUAUUGAGUCCAAUAGGAUCUAUAUUGUCCUUUCCAAAGUUCUACUUUUAACGAUAUCCAGAAGGUGUCGGUGGCGUGAAGAGUAAUCCAAAUAUAUGAAAACUGCAAUAUUUACAGUUCCAGGGUUAAGGGUAGUGGGAGUGGGCACCCAGACCACUCCAAUGGGCAGAAGUGGUCUGGGUGCCUGGAGUGUCCCUUUCAUACAUUUUUCAAAGUAGCACAAACUGUUUAAAUCCUUUUCAGAGAAUGUUGACACUGGUCACACAAUUAUAAUUAGUUUGGUUUAUUUAACAUAUUUUUGUUUAUAGCAACAGAAUUUAUUACCUGGUAUUUUAUUUUCUUUCUUUAGCUGACCUACAGAUGGCUGAAGCUGCUGCUCUGGUACACAGUCUUCCUAACUGGACACUGGUGGAUAAAUUGAUCUUGUCUACAAAAUCCCCUGAUAGCAAACUAAUAUUUGGCAAAGGCAAUUUCAAAGUUCUUACAGGUAAUAUUUAAUACAAGGCAGGCAGCUAACCUUUUCUUUAUAUUUUUUUUCCCCAUUCAGUUGUUUGCACUUCUUGUGUUAUUCUUUGGCUAUCCAAUUAAGAGUGGAACAACAUACAACUAUCUUAAUCAAGUCAAACGUGUUUGAGUUUCAGAAACUGCACCUGCAGUGUAACAACAGAAAAUGUAGUGUUUACAUUUAUCCCUAAGGACAUCAUUAUUGAUGAUCUAAAUCUAGUGCUUCUGAGGAUACAAGUAUAUGUUCCUUCAUAUUCUGUUGAAGGAGCUUGCAUUUAUCAGUCAGUUUAUACAGAUGGCUUUUGUCAACAGACAUAUCCCACACACACACACACUACUCCAAGCAUGCUCACGAUUUGAUUCUGGGUGUGAAAUGGUUAAUAUAUCUAUUACUUAUUUUUUCAAAUCUUUCUCGUCUGCACAAGACUGAAAAUAAUUAUAAAAAAAUCCCUUUUGACACCACCCCACAUUUAACUAUAGUAUCCAAAAGCUGCCACUAGCAAGACAAUUUAUAAGGUGAAAAGUGCAAUAUCAAUGCAGUUUGAAGAUACCAUUGAAUCCAUCUCUUCAGGGUUCAUUAUUCUUUUCCAGACAAAUGUAGAAUUUAAUUAAGGAAUAUUUAUUAUAAACAAAAACAAGCACAGGGCAUACAUAAAAAAUAGAUGACAAAGUAUUCACACCAACAACAGUUAAAAGUUAAAAAGCGGUGAGACUUAAAAUAUAACCUUUAUUUGAUAUUUAAUUAAAAAGGGCAAUACCUUCCCAAAGCAAAAAACAAAAUUAGUUAUUUUCAUUUAACGUAUAACUGAUCAUUAAGAGAUCUCAAAUUUCCAACUGAUCACUGGUAGAUUAUUAUUGUAUUAUAUUACUCAAAAAAUUAGUCUACCAUGAAUCGCCAAAGAAUCAAUAGUUCUAAUACAUGGAUAAUUUAACCAAAAAGAAAAUGAUGCUUUUAAAGCCACAUUCGAAUAUGCCUAGUUGGUUUUAAUUGCGAACAAUAAAAUCACAAGUUAUUAAUGUAAUGUCAUUCUAAUUACUUUAAUAUAAAGAACAGGAGUUUAUCACAAAAUCAGUUUGCCUGUUUUACUACAUAAAAAAGGGAAAAAUAAUCUCCCUUUAUUUUUUCAUUACUGUAGUAGGAAUAGUAAAGAGCAGUAAUUACAGAUAUGAGUAUCUAGUAGGAAUUAAUAGGACACUAUAGUCACCCAGACCACUUCACUGAAAUAGUCUGGGUGCAGUGUCCCAGUCACACUUAGUCCUGCAAUGUAAAUCAUUGCAGUUUAUAGAAAUUGCAAUAAUUACCUUACAGGACUCAGACCGCCUCUAGUGUCUAUCAAUUUAAUUUAGUAUUCCUUACACUAUAUAAUCCUUUUAAAUACGAACUAUAUAGUUUAUUCACACAUUGUAAUAGAUAAGUAUCCAUAUUAAGAAUAGUAGUUAAUGUAGUAUAUAAUGUUGCAAAAUUUGAUUGCCGCUGCAUAGACAUCCACUAGAUGUCACUAUUCCCCUAGUGCUAAAUAGGACUGAAACUAUGUCUAAUUGAUUCAACGUUUUCUUAAGGGGAGGGCCUAAUGCGCGCGCUGCGCAUUAGACAUUGGAGGAGGCGGAGCUCCGACCCAGCUCCGAGGGAUAUCGGCACUGGAAUCUGGCAAGUGCAUAAAGGGUUUUUAACCCUUUAUUGGCAGGACUGGCAGCGAUGGAGGAGGGAGGCAGAGGGAACUAUAGUGUUAAUAAUACAGCUUAAUAGAAUAACGCUAUAGUAUUCCUUUUAAUAAUCAUAUUUGUGUAGCAACAGCAGGGAAAUGUAGAGCUUACAAUGAGACAGCUGGUGUGGUAUGUUAUUGGCUUUCGUAGUCAUUUUACACACCGUUGUGACACUUCAGUAUCCUCCUAAUAUGUUUGAUGAUAAGCAAGAUAUUGAUAUUAAUAGUUUAUUUAAGAUAAUAGGUUUGUAUAUAAUUGUUAAUUUGAUCAGAUGUCAGGAUUUUCUCACAUUACUCCUUCAUUUGCUAUAAUUAAAUGAACACUUGGGGUUGUCGAAACUUCUAUCCAAUUAGAUGUGUUUACAUAAUACCAGUGUAUGUGACAUCCUUCAGGUGAAUGUUUUGUGCUGUUGAGAUAUAAAGAAAUGUUAUCCAACAGUUAAUGUGUAAAGUGAUUUUGUUACAGCUCUGUAUACAGACCUCAUUAAUUUUCAUCCAGUAAUUUUUUUUAAACUUUUUUUUUAUUUUAUUUUUUAUAGAGAUUAUCCAAGGACUGCCUCAGAUUACUGCAGUUUUUAUAAACGUUGAAAGCCUUUCUCCUUUGGCAGAGGUAAAACUUAUAGCAGACAAACACAAAGAGUUUUCUGAAUAUUGAUAAUUGUAUACAAAGUAUUUGCAUGUGAGAAUGAGUUUACUUCUGUUGAGCAGGGCCGGACUGGCCCACCGGGAUACCGGGAAAUUUCCCGGUGGACCGGCAUACUAGCAGGCUUUUGCGCGGCCACCUAGUGCACACCGGCCUGCGGGCCGCACGGCGCAAUUACAAGGUAACUGGCAGGCGAGGAGCUCCUGUUCCCCUACCUGGUCUGACAGGAAGUGCUCAAAGACUGCUUCCGGACCACGGUCUGCCUGCUCGGCCCCACUACAGCAAAGUACAGGGAGAGCUGGGGGGGGAGAAGGGACUAAUGGGACACGGAGGGGGACUAAUGGGACACAGGGAGAGCUGUUUAGGGGAACUAAUGGGACACGGGGAGAGCUGGGAAACCACGGGACACGGGAGAGCUGGGGGGGGAAAACCACGGGGGAGCUGGGGGGGAGACUGGGGGGGGACACGGGAGAGCUGGGGUAACUAAUGGGACACCGGGAGAGCUGGGAAACUAACACGGGAGAGCUGGGGGAAACUAAUGGGACACGGAGCUGGGAAACUACACGGAGAGCUGGGGAACCAAUGGGACACGGAGAGCUGGGGAACCACGGGACACGGGAGAGCUGGGGGGAGGGAGAGCUGGGAUGGGACACGGGAGAGCUGGGGAACUGGGAAGGGAGAGCUGGGGGAAUAAUGGGAGGGAGAGCUGGGAAACUAAUGGGACACGGGGAGAGCUGGGACACAUGGAGGGCUGGGAAGGGGGUAUAGGGACAUAUGGAGGACUCGGGGAGAACUAAUGAGACACAUGGAGAACUGGGAGGAGGGUAUAGGGACACAUGAAGGGCUGGGAGGGGGCUGAUGGGACACGUGGGGUCUGGAAGGGAUGGCUAGUGGGACACAUGGGGACUGGGAGGGGGUCUAUUGGGACAUAUUGAGGGUUGGGAGGGCUAAUGGGACACACUGGGGGGCUAGUGGGACUCAUGGGGGUGCUACCGAGACGCAGGGCUGGGAAGGGGUAUAGGGACGCAGGGCUGGGAGGGGGCAUAGGAACACUUGGAGGGUGCUAUAGGAACACAUGGAGGGCUGGGAGGGAAGGCUAGGAACACUUGGAGGGUGCUAUAGGAACACAUGGAGGGCUGGGACGGAAGGCUAGUGGGACACAUGGAGGGCUGGAAGGGAAGGAGGGCUAGUGGGACACAUGAAGGGCUGGGGGGCUCUAUGGAGGGAGGGCUAGUGGGAUACAUGGAUGGCUAGGGGGGGCUCUAUGGAUGGAGGGAUGGCUAAUAGGACACAUGGAAGUCUGGAGAGGGUGGGAUUAAACACAUGGAGGGGCUGGGGAGUAAAAUGACACACAGAGGUGUGGGGAGAGAAAGAGACAGGGGUUAGGAAAGGGGAACAGGAGACACACAGAGGAGCUGAGGAAGAUGAACAGGAGAGACACACAUGGGCUGGGAAAGGGGAGAAUGAGACACACAGAGGAGCUGUGGGGAGAGAUACACAUGUAAGUGCUGGGGCCUGGAAAAGAUACUCACAGAAGGGCUAUGGAAAGGGAGAAAGAGACAAUGGGGUUGGGGCUUAGAUACAUGAAAGGAGCAUGGGGGAGAAAGGAGAUGCUGAUUGGUGCAGUGAAGCGCAUCAUUUUGCCACACAUGCGCAAUAGACCCACAAUGCUUUCAAAUGAUUGAAAUGUAUCCAGUUGUAAGCCAACGUGAAGCCAAAAAAAAGAUAACAUCAUUUUUUAAAUAUUUUUUUUUUUUUUUUACUGCUGUGCAAUAGCGUACAUUCACAAUUUCAGUCCAAAUAACCAAACUUUUCUUAAUAUAUCAAGAAAAUGUACUGAAACAUUGAUUAUAUGCAAAUGCACAUCUGCUUACAAUAAAUCCGCUCUUUUUCAAAUUUGAGUGAUAGUUUUCAGUUUCAAGGUUCCCCCCUCCCCCCCUGCUUCCAUAUCUGCACACUAUGCUGGCGCGAUUCAAAAUGGGUCUGGUAUAGAAAUUUUUUUCUAGGGCUGCUUUGCAUUCCCAGUCCGACCCUGCUGUUGAGGACAUAGAAUUCAACUUUGAUUGUCUGACGUUUUAAUCAUGUCAUCUUCAGAGAAAAGGCAGUGUUUGCACUAUAGGGUCAGGAAUACAUGUUUAUGUUCCUGACCCUAUAGUGUUCCUUAAAUCAAAUCAAUUUAAAUCACUAGUUGCUAAGACUUGAUUUGAAUCUUGGUUUUUCCAUGAUUUUUCCUGAUUUAAUAAAAACACUUUUAUAAUUUUUUUUUAAUUCACCUUGUUAUGAAUGCUGUCAGCAUACUUCAAAUAAUGUUCUGCUUAUUGUUAUUAUAAAUUAAGUAGUUCAGAGAAUACAAUUUUAUAAUACAAGAUAUUUUUAACUACAUUUUCUUCUGUUUUUGCCUCUUUAGUCUAAAACUGGAAGUUAAUGAUUUUUAUUAUGCAUGCAUAAAACAAUGACAGACAGAGAGCACUUUUAAAUGUAAUUACAAAUUACAUGGGCAGCAAAUAAUAGUAAAGGGAUAUUUAGUUUGUUUUGUUUUUGGGUUGUUUUCCCUGUUGCAGAAAGAAUUGGAAGCAGUCUGGGGAGUGAAGGUGUUAGACAGAUAUAAAGUUGUUCUCAACAUUUUCCGUUACAAUGCCCGGACAAGAGAGGCCAAGCUGCAGAUCGCUCUGGCUGAACUUCCACUGCUAAGGUAAGUGUAUACAAUGAAACCAGAGUUGUGCUAAAAGAUUUAUCUGCACUAACACCAGAGUUCUAAACAAAAUAUCAUGGCUGUGAUAAGAGAGAGCACACUUUUUGACAAUAACCGGAAAUAAAAAUAAAAAGUUGGUCUAUUUAACCCCUUAAGGACCAAACUUCUGGAAUAAAAGGGAAUCAUGAUAUGUCACACAUCUCAUGUGUCCUUAAGGGGUUAAGGAUUGUUUUUGCUGUAUGAGAUGCAUAUUAUUAGACAGUCCUGGAGUGUCUGAGGCCGUGGAUGGUUCUUUCUGCACUGGGGAGAAAUUUUGUUAAUCCUAUAAACAUAAUUUCUCAGCGUUAAAAGUAGCUUCGUAAGCUUCUUAUUUUUACAAGCCUUCAUUAAGACCUUGAUGUCAAUUAGAAAAAGCUUCAGACAUUCUUAUCAUCACCAAAUAUUAAUUUGAUUUAGAUUUUUCUUCGGUUCAUUUUGCAUUUUGUUAGAGAAACACUCCAGACACAUCACACCUUCAAAAGUAAGUUGUUAUGGUCCCAGGAGCUCCUUGUAACGCCGGGGAAUGCCGCCGAUUUCCUACCUGUUAGGUCUUCGCCCGCCGGGUCCGCUUAUACCCAGCAGGCACAUCUUGGUCCGGCGGCAUUCCCACGUGAUGAUGGGAAUGCCGCCAAUCACUAACCCAUGGUUGUGGCUCCUCCUCUCUCAGCGGCUGGGUCUGUAAUCAUUAAAGACGCUGCCCGCUGCAACUGUGAAAUACUUAAGGGUUUCCUAUUUAACCCUUAAAGGGCCAGACCAUUAAGUAUCAUUUUGGUGUUUUACACACACCCAUGAUCACAUGUUUCUUUACAGCUUAUCAUGAAACAUUUUAAGCUAUUUAAGCCUAUUUUUUCCAUUUCUUUGCCCUGUCGUGGUUUCCAUUUGGUUAUCGGAGUGCGCGUUCCUUGUAUUGAUUCUAGUGUAUUUGACCUUGGCUUCCCUUUUGACUCUCCGAUCUCUGUAUUCCUUAAUUUGGCUUGGCUCCUGACUAUUGUGAUUUCUCCAUUCCUUGACCCGUGGCUUGUUAUUUCUACGUCUUGUCUUUUCCCUGUCUUGUGGCUAUUUACCUUUAUACGUUAAAUCCGGCCAUUCUAAAGCCUGGUAAUAUGUCUUGGGUAUUUUCUUAUUAUCUACUUUAGUUCCGCGUGUUGGGCAUCUCUAGUAAUCCUGACACUGCCCAGGUUCUUUCUCACCUAAAGGUUGCCUCCAGCGCUGAAUCUUCUAUAGCCCCAGCAGUACCCGGCUUUCAGAUAGGGCAGAGUGCCACCGCUCUCUGCGGACUGGUUAGGUCAGCUGUUGCUCUAAGCCAAUCAGUAGCUCCCCAUUCAUAAAUCCAUCUUGCCUUAGGUAAGAAAGCGCCUGUGGACCUCCUGCCACCAUAAUGUCAUUUCGAUUAAGCUAUUGUGCUAAGAAUGUUCCUUUGAUUUAUAAAAAUAAACUAUUAACAUUUUAGAUUUUUGCACACUUUACAUCAUUUAUUUUCACACCUGUGUAAAACAUUUCCACUGUGGUGGAUAUGGAUUGAUUCGUUUUAUGUUCAUGGAAACUCUCCACACUUGGCUUAACCAAAUUUUCUUUUUCUUUUUGCAGGGCUAGUCUAAAAAAUGAGACUGCUCACUUGGAUCAACAAGGUGGUGGAUCAAGAUAUAUCAUGGGUUCAGGUAAUGGGCAUAUUGCUUUACUAUUUCAUAUACUAAACCUGUGUAAUGAUUUGAUGUCUGCAGGUAACAUGCCGUGACUAUAUGCAUUAGAUGAUGUGUAAGAACAACGUAUUGGCAUGAAAGAGGUAAAUCUUUAUGUAAGAACUAGAGAACAGUUUCCAUCCAUACGUUAUGGUGACUGCUCACAAAGUAAUACAGCAUGAUUCCAUCCAUGGCAGUGAUCUGUCAUAAGAUAGCAGAUAAUACGCUCAUGGACAAGUUGAUAGCUAUGGUUCCUGAUGGUACACAUUGGCAUGGACCCUAUGGAUGUAAAAUUAUAUUAACUUGCUCGCAAUAUGGGAAUUUGAAAGUGAUUUAUCUGUGAUCUUUCUCCAUCUUCUCAUUUGUUAAAAAUAGUAUUGUAACUGUGUUUUGUAGUAUUGUAGUGUUUUCACUAAAAUAAAUUUCCCUAGGUGAAACCUUCCUAGAAGUCCAACAGAGGUUGUUGAAGGACAGAGAGAAGAGGAUUCGAAUUGCACUGGAGAAGCUAAGAAAAACUAGAAACCUGCUAAGAACUCAGCGUCGUCGCAGAGAGUUUCCCAUCAUCUCUGUAAUGGGUUAUACUAAUUGUGGUGUGUAUUACAUACUCCAGACAUUUCAAUGAAAGUUGGUCUAUGCAAGAUCUUACAUAUAGUGUAUAUAAUGUAUUGAUUAGAAUAUCAGAGUAUCUGCUGUAAUGCAAUGUGGAGAUACUCAAAGGAACAUUUUAAUGAAAUGCAUUUUUUUUAUUUUAUUUUUUGCACUGUAACGAAAGGACCCUCCUUUUAAGUUAUCCAUUGUCAGGGUAGUCUCCUCUCUGCAUCCCAAUCUGCCCGAUGAGAAAAUAAAUCCCAAAGAUUUCAGGCCAAUGCAGUGCCUCUCAUAGAGAAGCAUUACAGAUAUAAAGCUUGUGGGUGGCAAUAAUAAACUUAUAUUGUAUUGUAUUCUUUAGUGUAUAUCUUUUAAUAUAGAUUUAUCAGACUUAUCUUUAAAGGGACACUCUAGUUACCAGAACAACUACAUCUUAUUGAAUUUGUUCUGGUGAGUAGAAUCAUUACCUUCAGGCUUUUUGCUGUAAACUUCACUGGCCAUACCUCAGAUAGCUGUUAGAGAUCCUUCCUGGGUCAUGGCUGCCUAAAAUGAAUCCAAACAUUCAGUAUCUCCUCCCUCUUAAUGCAGACACUGAACUUUCCUCAUAGAGAUUCAUUGAUUCAAUUCAUCUCUAUGAGGAGAUGCUGAUUGGCCAGGGCUGAGUUUGAAUCAUGCUGGCUCUGCCCCUGAUCUGCCUCUUUGUCAAUCUCAGCCAAUCCUAUGGAGAAGCACAGUGAUUGGACCAGGCUACCACUUCUGAUGAUGUCAGCAGACUGCUUGUUUUUUUUUUUUAGACAAACAGCAUGCAGAGUUACAGCUUCAGGCUUGAAUACAGUAAGAGUUUUACUAUAUUUAUGGAGGCAUGAGGGGCCCAGAGGGGCUAGAUGGUAGUUUUAAAACUAUAGGGUCAGGAAUACAUGUUUGUGUUCCUGACCCUGUAGUGAUCCUUUAAUAUAGGCUUUUCAGACCUUGAACAAUCAAGGUGGAUUCAUCCUAUUUCAACAUGUUAAGGGACUGCAGUGACUCUUGUCUUGUCGACCAUGGUGGAAAAUAUAGUCCACCGCCAUUAGGAAAAUUUAGCAUCUCCCUUGGUUAAUGGAGAAGGUUGCCUUCGGACACAUUGAACCACAACCACUUCAUUGUUGUAUUAGCAGUGAUAUGUAGGUAUAGAAUGUAUGUACUAAACACCAAUUACAAUUCGAUCUUAAUAAAUCUUUUUAAAUCUGCAAUUUGUGGCUAUAUUUUACAACUCAAUUUUCAAUUUAUUUCAGUAUGCUAAAUGAAGUAAAUUGAAAUUCUAUGAAGCUUUGUACAGAUCUUUCAAAAUGCUGUCACAGCCGUCUCUAAACUAGCAGGGGCAUCUAGGAUAACUAUUUAUAAUUGUGUUCAAUUUGCAGGGAAAACCACUUUAAUUAAAGCUUUGACAGGAAAUGUAGACCUCCAGCCCCGUGACCAGCUCUUUGCCACGCUUGAUGUUACGACCCACGGUGGCUUACUUCCCUGCCGUUUGCCUGUUAUUUAUGUUGACACCAUUGGAUUUCUCUCACAGCUCCCACAUGAUCUCAUUGAGUCUUUCUCUGCCACACUGGAAGAUGUAGCAUAUUCGGUAAUAAACAUGAAAUCUGUGUAAUGCCAAAUUUCAGAAAAGUUUCUGACUUUCUAAAAAUGAGAUCUUUUCAUCUGAGUCUUAAGAUUUAAAAAAAGUAUUUUUUCCGUCCUGAAUUUAAUCUUUUCAGCAGAAACUUUUCCAUUUACACUGUAUAUUUGGUACUUUUUCAAGGGGUCCUUUUUAUACUAAUAUUGCUUAAGGACAGUCUAUAGCUGUAUGAGAUUUAUUUAUUUUGUUUCCAUCACCUAUAGGAAAUACAAGAAACAUAAAUUUCUUAAUAUAUAAAAUACUAUGCGCAUAAUGAAGUUAUCAAAAUGUACACAAAGGGUAUAGUAUAUUUUACUAAUGCACAUUUCCUCUAUCAGGAUUUAUUAGUCCACGUGAGAGAUAUUAGCCAUCCAGAAACUGACAAUCAGAAGGCCAGCGUCUUGUCGGUUCUGGACAAGCUGAAAGUUCCUCAACAGCUUCUUGACACAAUGAUUGAGGUUCAUAACAAAAUUGAUCUAUUGGAAAAGUAAGUAAUAUCUUCUCAUUGAACACCACUAGACACACCAUAAACUCAAUGAACUGUAGUUAAAGGAACACUAGCUUAAGGAAUACAAACCAAUAUUUUUAUGCUAUUGUAUCCUAGUGUUUCUUUUGAUUCAGCACCCACUACCUUUUCAGCGGCGAGCUCCUUCUGUGCUGCUGCCGCUCCACCUUCAACAUCGACAUCCAGCAAGCGUUCCUCUCUCCGCUUCUCCAAUCCAAUGCUUCUUGUAGAAGAAUAUUGGAUGAGGUGCGUGAGCAAUCAAAUGCUUUUCAAAGAAAAGGAUUGAAUUCAAUGUCUUCCUAAGAGCAGCAUUAAAUCACUAUGAAAACGCCUCUAGUGGCGUGAGGUGUGUUUAAGGAACACUAUAGUCACCAGAACAACUACAGCUUAAUGUAGUUCUGGUGAGUAUAGUAUGUCGCUGCAGGCAAUUUCAUGUAAAUACUGCCUUGGGACACCUCCAGUGGCAGUCACUCAGACGGCCACUUGAGGUGCUUUCUGGGUUAGUGCUGGAAAAUGUGCAGCACUGAAGUUCAGCGUCUCCACACUCUUCAUGGAGGUGCUGAAUGUUCCCUAUAGAGAUACAUUGAGUCAAGGAGAUGCUGAAUGGCCAGCGCUGCAUUAGCCUCCCAAUGUUUUUUAAUGGGAAAGCAUUGUGUUGGCAGAGAUUGUCAAUUUUGAUGAUCUCAGCCAAGGAGGUGGAUUGGUGGUGGGCACUGGAAUAAAGGUGAGUAAGUGAAUAAUCGUGCUUGGCAAAGCAUGUAGACAAGCUAAGUGUCUGCCUCCGGGGCAGAUCAGUAUGUUUAUGAAUUCAUACAUUAUUUAGGUGCACUUUCUUGUGGAUGAAUAAAAUAAAUUGAACCCAUUUGGUUCUUUAAAAUGCAAUAAGGAUGAGGAUUUGUUUUUGGAAUUCAUCAUUACAAAAAUCUCGACUAGCUUUUCUCUAUCAGAUUUCAUCACAGAUAAAUUGAUGUACAAAUAAUAUGUUUGUGUGGAUAUGGCAUAAUAGGGUGUAUCAUUAAGUGGUACCCUUUAAUAUCUACAUGCUGUAGGAUGCUCAUUAGAUGCCUGUGCUGAACUCUCACUAAUGGGCAAAAGUGCACUAAAGUGAAUGAAGCACCAGGAGGUUAAGAGAGAAUAUGGCAGUGCCUGUGACAGCUUCAAAUUAAUAUAAUGCCCUUCAGUAAUACUAUACUUUGUAAUUUACUAUGACAACUUCCUGUUGAACAGUUAAUUAUACAUAAAAGGAUACUCCAACUAGCGUUUUUUUGUUUUGUUUUUUUACUCUUAAAUAACCGUAUAUAACAAGAUACAUUAUGUUUCUCUGUUUUGUUUCCCUGUAGUCACGAGGCUGAUGAAGCUGUGGUUCCUGUAUCUGCUCUAUAUGGCUUUGGUUUGGAGGAUUUGAAGAGGAAAAUAGAAGCUGUAGUGUUAGAAAGCACUGGACGAAUUCUUCUGAAUAUAAAAGUUGACCUAGAGAGUCCACAGUUGAGGUGAGAUCCUGCAAAAUGUAGUUUUCGGCAGCAGGAUGAGGUUAGAGUUUGAGUUUUAGAGGAAAUAAGAGAAGGUAUGAUUAAGAAUGACAUGUGAAAAUAUCAGUGUACAUACAAUCCCCAGUGAUAAUGGGUAGGGAUAUAAAGCACAAAUAAUACAGCCAUAUCACUAGUAGACAUUGGGAUAUCAAAGGAUGCCUACAACAGAAUAAUAAAACAACAUAGUGUGAACAGUUUAAAAACAGAAAACAGAAAAUCUAAUGAUAGGACUACCACUCACAUGGCCCAGAGUCUGUAUUUCAGGCUCAGGGGUGCCAAUACUGGCUACAGGAUCCACUUUAUCACAGUAGAAGACUGGACAUCAGAUGCUUGGUAAAAUAAUUACUUUAUUCCAGGAUACAUAUAAAUAUAUAAAACAUAAGGGUACUUUUAGCUCAGGUGGCUAUGUAGCCUACUAGUCAAGUCACACCUUUCAAUAAAGGUAAGAAUGGAUAUAAAAGGAAGAGUCAAACGAGACUAUCGGCACUGGAAGAAGGCGAUUUGAGCCGAAACACUUCUAUUUUACUUUAUAUUUACUUGUGGGUUACUGUUUUUCAGGGGAAAGUGUGACUUGACUAGUAGGUUACAUAGCCACCUGAGCUAAAAGUACCCUUAAGUUUUAUAUAUUUUUAUGUAUCCUGGAAUACAGAGCCUAGAAUACAGAGCCUGGUACGGUUCUGGGCUAUGUAAGUGGUAGUCCUAUCAUUAGAUUUUCUGUUUUAAAACCGUUCACACUAUGUUGUUUUAUUAUUUUGUUUUAGGCAUCCAUUGAUAUCUACUAGUGAUAUGGUUGUAUUAUUUGUGCUUUAUAUCCCUACCCGUUAUCACUGGGGAUUGUAUGUACACAUACAUAUAUUUUCCUGUAUUUUUACGUGUAACUUUUUGUGUUGGGGAAGCACUUGUUUUAUAUCCGUUACAUUACCUAUAUUUGUGGGUCUCCAUCUCAUAUAUUUAUGUGAAGCGCCUAAACACACUCUUCUUGUAUAUGAUUAAGAAUGACCUGAGGAUGUUGUUCUUUGUGUUCCUUAGUACUCAAGGAGAGUUUAGGUGAUGGAAGAAUGAUUAGUGGUGUAGCAUUCAAGAAGAGAUGGCACAGAAGCAGUUGCAUAUGUGUAAUAAUGGAAAUUGCAAAUCAUUCAUAAUCAUUUUCCCCUCUCCUUUUCAGUUGGCUACAUAAAGAGGCAUCAGUGCAAGCAAUGAAAGUAUUUGCAGAAAGUGGGACAGCUAGUGUUCGAGUGAUUAUAACGAAAGCUGCAUAUGGAAGAUAUAUCAAGCUGUUCUGCAAAUUAAGUUGAUUGCAUGUAAUGCAAGGAUUUAUAUCUGCAGGGAUGAAAGCCAAAAGAUUAUGUCCUCUUGUGGGACCAUUGAAAGAUAUUUCCUGCUGAGACUUAACCCCUUUUAUAUAUAAAGGGACUAAAUAAUCACUGCUUUGCAAAGCAUGUAGACAAGCUAAGUGUCUGCUUGUGGGGCAGGUCAGUAUGUUUAUAAAUUCCUACAUGGUUUAGGUGCACUUUAUUGUGGAUGAAUUAAAUUGAACCCAUUUGGUUCUUUAAAAUGCAAUAAGGAUGAGGAUUUGUUUUGGAAUUCAUCAUUCUCAAAAAUAAAAGUGUUUACAAAAUUACAAAAUCCGAUUUCAUCAUAGAUCAAUUGAUGUACAAAUACAUAUGUUUAUGUGUGGAUAUGGCAUAAUAGUGUACGUUGCCUUAGGGUGUAUUAGUAAGUGGUAUCCUUUAAUAUCUACAGUAAGCAUGUCAAACGUAAAUAAAAUGUUGUGAGUGUGUGCAAGAAUGUGUGUGUCAGUGAGUGUUUAUCUAUCAGAGAGUGUGUCUGUGUUGCGAUGGCUGCAGCUAGACUGUAGAGGACCUGGAGGUGCAUGGAGGCACGCAACGCCAUGUCACAUUCCAAUGUGACGUCAUGUGCUCCAUCUUCACAUGGUUUCAGAAAGUAACGGGAGGAUCAGCUUUGGCACAGGGUGCGGACGGUGCCAUUGGGGGUAUACCAGAGGCUGGAGUCGCAUACUGACAGCGGCAAUGUGAGUGGAGUAAUAUUGUUUUUUUUUUUUAAAACAAGGGCCGGGGUUUAGUUGAGGGGGUGCUGAGAUUUUGUAUAGGGGGUAGGGGGACACUGGGGUUUAGUAGACGGGGAUUCGUUUUUUAUUUUUUUUUAUACACUGUACUUUUCAAAAAAAAACUAAGUUUCUAUGAAAAUUCAAGUAAUUUUUUUUUUUUUUUUUUGCGGUCUCCAUAAACAGAAAUCUUGUUUAUUUGGCCCGUGCUAGCCUUUUAGUUUGACAUGCUUGAUCUAUAGGUAUGUAUGCAAUUGCAAUAGCAAUAAGUUUUCCCUGAACUGGAUAGCUCAAAUUAAGUUGGCAUUGAGCUAUCUAGUUCAGGGAAUAAUAUAUAAUGUUUAAAGAGACACUAUAGUCACCAGAACAACUACAGCUUAGUGCAUUUGUUCUGGUGAAUAUAAUAAUUCCCUUCAGGCUCAUGCAAACACUGUUUUCAGAGAAAAGGCAGUGUUUACAUUGGCCCCUAGGGACACCUCCAGUGGCCACUCAUCAGAUGGCUACUAGAGGUGCUUCCUGGGGCACUGCCAUUCAGCAUCUCCACCUUCUGCAUGGAGACGCUGAAUUUCCCUCAUAGAGAUGCUUCUCUAUGUGGAGGUGCUGAUUUGCCAAACUAGCAUUUGAUCCUGCCUCCUUAACGAUUUCAGCUAGAGGGAAAGCAUUGGAUUGGCUAAAAGCGUAAAUUUUGAUGUCAUGGAUUGGGGGUGGGGCCAGCGCCGGCAGACUCGCAAGGCACUGGAAAUAAGGUAAGUUUUAACCCCUUCUAAGGGGAAGGGGGCUAGCCACCUAAAUGGUGGUUUUAACACUAUAAGGUCAGGAAUACAUAAGGUGAGCACUGGCUCAAUUUACAACACAAACUUUCCCUCUCAAGAACACGUAUCGGUCUUUAUGACCUUAACCAAAGCCCAAUCCUCCCUACGCAGAGUAUUUCGUUCACAGUCACAGCGUUUCUCCGGGAGAGCUGGUCGUUACAGGGGCCGAACGACCUGCAGAGCAGCCUUCACAGGCUACAGGCCUCGUCCCACAGACAACUAUUGGAACUCAGGAACUACUCGCCCAUACCACCGGCAGUUGUUCACCAACAGGGGAUCCAUCCGAGGGCGUGGACCUGCCUCCCUACGCGGACGCACUGCUCCAAGUAAUAACCCCCUUUUCUCUCAAUAUUCCUAUAGCAGGCCGACUAACCCAUUUUUUCCAACAGUGGGAGUUACUUUCACAGGAUCUAUGGAUCCUAAACACAGUCAAGGGUUUCAAAAUAGACUUCCUUUCCACUCCUUUUCAGGAUACACCACCCACACCUCUAAGAAUGUCCACGACAGACGACCUCACAUUACAAACUGAGUUACACAAACUAAUGGACAAAAGAUCGCCUUUCCCACACACAUUCUUCAGCAACAUUUUCAUGGUUUGCAAGAAGACAGGAGAUGUUUGCCCAAUUAUCAAUCUAAAAGAUCUGAACCGACAGGUCAGAUACAGACAUUUCAAGAUGGAAGGCAUCCAUCUUCUCAAGGACCUCCUCUGCGUGGGAGACUGGUUCUCGAGAUUCAACCUCAAGGACGCAUAUCUCACUGUAGCUUGCAGCCAUCAAGCUUUUCUUCAAUUCCUCUGGCAAGGGGAGAUUUGGCAGUUCACAUGUCUGCCUUUCGGGCUUUACUCAGCGCCAUGGUGUUUCACCAAACGAAUAAAACCAAUGAUGGCGUUAUUCCCCCGAUUGCAGGGGAUACGAUCCAUCAUCUACGUAGACGACAUUCUGAUCAUGGCUCAGAAUCCAACUCUGCUCCGCCAACAUACAGACAUGACAACCGCGUUGCUACAAAACCUAGGUUUUGUCAUAAACUUCCAGAAAUCUGCCUUGGAACCUUCACAGGCGGUUCAAUUCCUCGGGUUUCUAAAAGAUUCCAUACAAGCGAACUUACACUUACCUUCCACAAAGAUAAAGUCUAUAAAAAGAGACCUCCAACAACUACUCUCAACCCAACAGAUUCGCUUACGCGAUCUGGCAAACACCAAUAGGCCUAUUGUCCGCCUCCAUCCAGGCUAUUUACCCAGGACCAUUACACUACCGAGCCAUGCAGUGGCUCAAAAUGUAUUACCUACACCGGUCCACUUCAUACGACCAGUAGAGUUCCCUCACUGACGAAGUUCACAUAGAACUUCACUGGUGGCUCCACAAAAUGGAUGCUUGGAAUGGCAAAGCCAUCUUCGGAUCCCAACCAGACUUUGUCCUGGAAUCCGAUGCCAGCCUCCUAUGGUGGGGCGCAACAUGUUCAGAAAGGUCCACCGGGGAACUAUGGUCCCUCUCGGAACGAGCCCUACACAUCAGCUGUUUGGAAUUAAUAGCAGGAUCCUUUGCGAUACGCAGUGUCACAAAAGACUUCUUCAAUUGUUCACUUGUACUAUGCAUGGACAACGGCUCGGCAUUACGUAAUGGGAAUCAGUUGAGAGGGUCCCGAUCCAAAUUGCUAUCCGACCUCACGAAGGACCUCUACCAAUUCUGUCUCGAGAGGAACUUAUCCAUACGAGCGGAAUACCUUCCGGGGACGGACAACCUAGUUGCAGAUUGGUUCUCCAGCCAUUGGAGAGACGUUAGCGACUGGCAGCUGGACCCCAGACUGUUUCACCAAAUUCAGGGUCUUCGCGGACCCCUCACGCUACACCUCUUCGCGUCUCAGCUAAACCGCCAGACAGAGGCUUUUUUCAGCUGGCAGUCGGUGCCUUUCUACACCCGUGGUCAAAGACAGGAGCAUACACGUUCCCGCCUUUCUCCAUGAUACAACGCACCCUCUACCGGGUCAAAACUUUGGUAGUGAUGAUAGUCAUUGUAACUCUGUUAUAGAGGGUCCAGACCUGGUUUCCAACUCUGCUGGAGCUAUCCGCGAAUUAUCCAAUUCUAUUACCCCAGUUCCACGACAUCCUCAGGAAUCCGGCGGGGGACUGUCAUCCACUCGCUCUUCAAGAGAAACUCCAGCUAGUUGCCUGGACCAUUUCAGGGGAUCCUGGAAUGUGUUAGGUUUUUCGACAACAGCUCAGGCUCUCAUAGGGGACUCCUGGGCACCAGGCACUAGACUUGCCUACCUCUCUGCAUGGCAGACAUGGGUCAGCUGGUGUUUGGAAAGGGAUAUCGAUCCCUUUCAGCAUCUCUCACAGCCAUUCUGAAUUUCCUAUCCACCUUAUUUGAUCAAGGCAAAUCCUAUAGGUCGAUCAAUGUGUUCCGAUCCGCCAUUUCAGCGGCUUACAACUCCAUUGACAACGCUUCCAUAGGUAAACACCCCUCUAUCUGUAGACUUUUACGAGGGAUUUGAAUGGCCCAACCCCCUCAGCCAAGAUAUACACCUUUUGGGAUGUCACCCAAGUCUUCGACUAAUUGGAAUCUUGGCCUCCCAACGAAGCUUUGACACUACGACAACUUUCGGUCAAACUAGCAUUACUUCUAUGUUUAGUUUCUUUUCGUAGGGUUUCGGAUAUAUAAGCAUUUGAAAGGGUCAAAUUUAACAUCACCAGGCGCACAAAAAAAUUAUUCUUCUUCAGUCUUCUACCCUUACUUUCCAUACAGAUCUGCUCUAUGCAUAGCGCGUUGUGUCCAAAACUACAUGGACUCCACAGCUAUACUGCGCCCCCCUACCGGACCUCUCCUGGUUUCCUACACCAAACGGCACAACAGCUCUCCACUCCUGCUAUCGCACAAUGGAUCAAAUGGAUCCUCGUCCAAGUAGGCAUUAACCCCUCCUUUGGAGCUCACUCAGUCAGAGGUGCAGCCGCAUCCUCGGCCUACCAUGCAGGUAGUUCCCUCUCCGACAUCUUAUCUGCAGAUUGGUCCAGGGAAUCGACCUUUCAAACCUUUUAUUUUAAACCCAUGCCACAUGCUGUAUCUUCUAUUAUAUAGGAGCGUUAAAACAGCAAAUAUGAAGCCUCCUGUUUUGCCAUAAAAUUAGGGAUUAUACUAGCUUUAGUAACUGACUAAUCUAAAUUUUAUUAACGACAGGAGGUUAAUAUUUUCCCACCCUUCUGUUAACUUCUCCCACCCUUUUGAGGUAAGUAUUGAUCACACUAAACCAUACAUUUCCAUAAGACUUACUCACAUCAUAUGACAUAGGUUUACACAUGGGUUACAUCAAACGAUUACACUUUCACUGAUGAUAAUUUGUAUGAACUAUCCCGGUUCGAUGUCCACCUUAGGUGAUCUGUAAACUGUUUCUCUGGUACAAGAACCCAUACUUUCAUGAUCCUUCUCUAUUCCCUUCCAGUGUGAAGAAUCCAGCAGUUCACAGUUUGGUUUACAUGGUUGACCAAUGCACAGGACUUCCAGUUUGUCAAUUGUUCAUACAGUUUAUUGUUUACACGGUUGAUCUACAUCACGCUCGCCUACAGAAAGAAAGAGGAAUUGAGAGGAG